AUGAAUGAAAGAGAAUCUCGUAUGUCUCUAGGGGCAUUCGCUUCUAAUUCUACUUCUGCAUCAUAGAACGCCUAUGCUUAAGCCCUCAAGGCGUUGUAGGAUAAAUUAAAGGGAGUCGAAGGAUUAAAGAAUGAGGGAUUAAAGAAAUCUAUCGAAAAUCCCUCAGAUUUUUUCACAGACUAACUGAAGAAGCAAAUAUAUGAUCUUUAGAAUGAAAACGAAAGAUUGUAAUACUUAUUAGCAAAAACAAAUCAAGAAAGUUAGAGGAAUCAUAUCCCAUCACAAUUAAAUGAAUUUCCAUAAACUGAAAGGUUGCAACAUAUCAAAGACUAUUAAGAUCGACUCAGUGAUAUGAUAAUUAAAUAUGAGGAAUUGAAACAUGAAAAACAAGAAAUUCAAAUGGCCAAUGAAAAUUUAUUAAGAUAAUUAUCAGUUUAUAAAUAAAAUGAUAAAGGGGUCAUACAAAAAACUAAACACAAAAAAAUGGAUGAUAAUAUUAAAUAAACUGUUUAAGAUCUUAAAACUAAACUAGAUAUCAAAGAUUAACAACUAAAAAUAUCAGAAAAGAAGAUAGAAUACUUAGAAAUAGAAAAAGAGUAGGUUCUUCAAGAAUAUACUAAUUAUAAAUCAAAGUAUCCUCCGAUGAAGUUACAAGACUUUGAAAAAUAAAUCCAUUCACUUAAAUUGUUACUGGAAGAAAAGGAUAAACAAUAUACUAAAAAUAUAGAUGAGAUAGAAAGAAAUAAGAGUGCAAGAGAGGAACAAAUGAGUCGAAGGAUCCAGGAUUUGAUUGGGAAAUGCAAUGAAUACUAAUAAAUUAUUGAACAAUUAACGUAGGAUUACAAAGAUUUGAGUCUCAAAUAUCAACAAGUCAGAAUCAAAUUAGAUUAUUAAGAAAGAUAACAUAGAUACAUCAACAGAAAGUACAGUUAAGGGGAACUUAAAUAAAGUUAUAAGGAAUAAAAAAAUAUUACCAAAAUGGACAUGUCUCCUCCAUUGAGUAGUUCAAGACUUGAAUAAAGCUAAUUGAAAUAGGCAAUAAGGGAAUGUUUAGAGGAUAUGAUGAACACUCAAAAUUAUAAUUAAUGUAGUCCGGACAGAAGAUCUGACAAUAGAAAACAAUAACAGAUUUUAUCCCCUAUGUCAACUUCCAGGCAAUAAGAAAUCGAAUCACAACUCAAAGAACUUAAUGAAAAGUAUGAGAAUCUAAUGAGUCAAGCCUAAAAAGAAAAUGAUUUGAAUUCUAAAGCUGUAAUUAGGAAGUAAUUAAUUGAGAUUGCAGGUUAAAUUAAAGAGACUACUAAAUUUGAGAAAUCAUGA